GGAGCCGAGCGCUGCCGGAGGGCGCUCCGGGGGAGGCGGCCGCUGAUGUAAGCCUGGCGGGCCGCUGGGCUCCGCUCGGCUGCGGCUGGAGCCCCGGGACUGGCCGGCCGGGCUCGGCCAGAGGAGGCGAGGCGAGCUUGCAAGCGGCUGGCUGCAAAGCCGAGGCGGCGGGACAGACUGACAGCCCUCCUGCCCGCGGGACGCACGCCCGGGAGGCGCGCGGGUCGUGCGCUCUGCGCUCCAGAGCGGUUCUCCGAGCGCCGCGGCCGCAGCGCCGCUUCUACCCGCGCCCAUUGUUCCCCGCGGGGGCGGGGCGCCUGGAGCCGGGCCGCGCGCCGCGCCCCCGAACGCGGGAGGGAGAGAGGGAGGGAGCGCGGGGUCCCCGCGCCCAGCCCGGCCGGGGAGGAGGCGCAGCGCGGCGAGCCCGGGGACCCGGAGCGGGACUGGGAGCCUCCCCGCGGCACCCAGCCUGCCCAAGCAUGGGCGCCUGAGGCGGCGCGGAGCCGGCGGCGAAGGACGCGUCCCCGCGGGCAGACUGACCGGCUGGCGGACCUGGAGCAGGUCGGCGGCGCCGCACCCGCGCCCCUGCCCCGGCCGGGCCCCGGCCCCCGGCGCCAUGGACAAGCUGCCGCCGUCCAUGCGCAAGCGGCUCUACAGCCUCCCGCAGCAGGUGGGGGCCAAGGCGUGGAUCAUGGACGAGGAAGAGGACACCGAGGAGGAGGGGACUGGGGGCCGCCAGGACCCCAGCCGCAGGAGCAUCCGGCUGCGGCCGCUGCCCUCGCCCUCACCCUCGGUGGCCGCGGGCGGCACGGAGCCCCGGGGCGCGGCCCUCGGGGCGGCGGACGGCGAGGGGCCGGCCCGCGGCGCGGGCAAGUCCAGCACCAACGGCGACUGCAGGCGCUUCCGCGGGAGCCUGGCCUCACUGGGCAGCCGGGGCGGCGGCGGCGGUGGCGGCGGCGCCGGAGUGGGGGGCGGUAGCAGCCACGGGCACCUGCAUGACUCCGCGGAGGAGCGGCGGCUCAUCGCCGAGGGCGACGCGUCCCCCGGCGAGGACAGGACGCCCCCGGGCCUGGCGGCCGAGCCAGAGCGCCCCGGCACCUCGGCUCAGCCCGCAGCCUCGCCGCCGCCGCCCCAGCAGCCGCCGCAGCCGGCCUCCGCCUCCUGCGAGCAGCCCUCGGUGGACACCGCUAUCAAAGUGGAAGGAGGCGCGGCCGCCGGCGACCAGAUCCUCCCAGAGGCCGAGGUGCGCCUGGGCCAGGCCGGCUUCAUGCAGCGCCAGUUUGGGGCCAUGCUCCAGCCCGGGGUCAACAAAUUCUCCCUGAGGAUGUUUGGCAGCCAGAAAGCCGUGGAGCGCGAGCAGGAGAGGGUGAAAUCGGCCGGAUUUUGGAUUAUCCACCCCUACAGCGACUUCAGAUUUUAUUGGGACCUGACCAUGCUGCUGCUGAUGGUCGGAAACCUCAUCAUCAUUCCUGUGGGCAUCACCUUCUUCAAGGAUGAGAACACCACGCCCUGGAUCGUCUUCAACGUGGUGUCGGACACAUUCUUCCUCAUCGACUUGGUCCUCAACUUCCGCACAGGGAUCGUGGUGGAGGACAACACUGAGAUCAUCCUGGACCCCCAGCGGAUUAAGAUGAAGUACCUCAAAAGCUGGUUCGUGGUAGAUUUCAUCUCCUCUAUCCCUGUGGACUACAUUUUCCUCAUCGUAGAGACACGCAUUGACUCUGAGGUCUACAAGACAGCCCGGGCCUUGCGUAUCGUCCGCUUCACCAAGAUCCUCAGCCUCCUGCGUCUCUUGCGUCUCUCUCGCCUCAUUCGAUACAUUCACCAGUGGGAAGAGAUCUUCCACAUGACCUACGACCUGGCGAGCGCCGUGGUGCGCAUAGUGAACCUCAUUGGCAUGAUGCUUCUGCUCUGCCACUGGGAUGGCUGCCUGCAGUUCCUGGUGCCCAUGCUGCAGGACUUCCCCGACGACUGCUGGGUGUCCAUCAACAACAUGGUGAACAACUCCUGGGGAAAGCAGUACUCGUACGCACUCUUCAAGGCCAUGAGCCACAUGCUGUGCAUCGGGUAUGGACGGCAGGCGCCCGUGGGCAUGUCGGACGUCUGGCUCACCAUGCUCAGUAUGAUUGUGGGCGCCACCUGCUAUGCCAUGUUCAUCGGCCAUGCCACGGCCCUCAUCCAGUCCCUGGACUCCUCCCGGCGCCAGUACCAGGAAAAGUACAAGCAGGUGGAGCAGUACAUGUCCUUCCAUAAGCUCCCACCGGACACGCGGCAGCGCAUCCACGACUACUAUGAGCACCGCUACCAGGGCAAGAUGUUCGAUGAAGAGAGCAUCCUGGGCGAGCUGAGCGAGCCGCUGAGGGAGGAGAUCAUCAACUUCAACUGCCGGAAGCUGGUGGCCUCCAUGCCGCUGUUCGCCAACGCGGACCCCAACUUUGUGACCUCCAUGCUGACCAAGCUGCGCUUUGAGGUCUUCCAGCCUGGGGACUACAUCAUCCGUGAGGGCACCAUCGGCAAGAAGAUGUACUUCAUCCAGCAUGGCGUGGUCAGUGUGCUCACAAAGGGCAACAAGGAGACCAAGCUGGCAGAUGGCUCCUACUUUGGAGAGAUCUGCUUGCUGACUCGGGGUCGGCGCACGGCCAGCGUGAGGGCCGACACAUACUGCCGCCUCUACUCGCUGAGUGUGGACAACUUCAAUGAGGUGCUGGAGGAGUACCCCAUGAUGCGGCGGGCCUUCGAGACGGUGGCGCUGGACCGCCUGGACCGCAUCGGCAAGAAGAACUCCAUCCUCCUCCACAAAGUCCAGCACGACCUCAACUCAGGCGUCUUCAACUACCAGGAGAACGAGAUCAUCCAGCAGAUCGUGCAGCAUGACCGCGAGAUGGCUCACUGUGCUCACCGCGUCCAGGCCGCCGCCUCGGCCACCCCGACCCCCACGCCGGUCAUCUGGACGCCGCUGAUCCAGGCGCCGCUGCAAGCCGCCGCGGCCACCACCUCGGUGGCCAUCGCGCUCACCCACCACCCCCGCCUGCCCGCUGCCAUCUUCCGCCCCCCUCCCGGCCCCGGGCUAGGCGGCCUCGGCGCGGGGCAGACGCCCCGGCACCUGAAGCGGCUGCAGUCCCUGAUCCCGUCGGCGCUGGGCUCCGCCUCGCCCGCCAGCAGCCCGUCGCAGGUGGACACGCCGUCUUCCUCCUCCUUCCACAUCCAGCAGCUGGCCGGCUUCUCCGCGCCCGCGGGCCUGAGCCCGCUCCUGCCCUCGUCCGGCUCCUCCCCGCCCCCUGGGCUCGGCGGCUCCUCCCCGGCUCCCACGCCCUCGGCCUCCGCAGCCGCCACCGCGGCCACCGGCUUCGGCCACUUCCACAAGGCGCUGGGCGGCUCCCUGUCCUCGUCCGACUCUCCGCUGCUCACGCCGCUGCAGUCCGGAGCCCGAUCGCCGCAAGCCAACCAGCCGCCGCCCCCGCUGCCGGGGGCCCGCGGGGGCCUGGGACUCCUGGAGCACUUCCUGCCGCCCCCGCCCUCCUCCCGGUCCCCGUCGGCCAGCCCCGGGCAGCUGGGCCAGCCACCUGGGGAGCUGUCCCCCGGCCUGGCCGCCGGCCAGCCAAGUACGCCAGAGACGCCCCCGCGGCAACCCGAGCGGCCGUCCUUCGUGGCAGGGGCCUCCGGGGGGGCUUCUCCCGUAGCCUUCCCCCCCCGCGGAGGUCUCAGCCCCCCAGGCCACAGCCCCGGCCCCCCAAGAACUUUCCCAAGUGCCCCCCCUCGGGCCUCCGGCUCCCACGGUUCCUUGCUCCUGCCGCCCGCCUCCAGCCCCCCAGCUCCCCAGGUACCCCAGCGCCGCGGCACGCCACCCCUCACCCCGGGCCGCCUCACCCAGGACCUCAAGCUCAUCUCAGCCUCCCAGCCGGCCCUGCCCCAGGACGGGGCGCAGACUCUCCGCAGAGCCUCUCCGCACUCCUCGGGGGAGUCCGUGGCGGCCUUCCCGCUCGUCCCCAGGGCCGGCGGCGUUAGCGGGGGCAGCGGGGGCCUCGUUCUCCCGGGGAGGCCCUAUGGUGCCGUCCCCGGCCAGCAUGUCACUCUGCCUCGGAAGACAUCCUCAGGUUCUUUGCCACCCCCUCUCUCUUUGUUUGGGGCAAGAGCCGCCUCUUCUGGGGGGCCCCCUCUGACUGCUGCCCCCCAGAGGGAACCUGGGGCCAGGUCUGAGCCAGUGCGCUCCAAACUGCCGUCCAAUCUAUGAGCGGGGCCCUUCCUUCCUUCUUCUCUCUUCUUUUUUUCUCCCUUCUUUCUUCCUUCAGGUUUAACUGUGAUUAGGAGAUAUACCAAUAACAAUAAUAAUUAUCAUUUAAAAAAAAAAAACCCACACCAGAAAAACAAAAGACAGCAGAAAAUAACCAGGUAUUCUUAGAGCUAUAGAUUUUUGGUCACUUGCUUUUAUAGACUAUUUUAAUA